AUGGCCACAGAUACCGAUAAGAAGAAACCUGAAAACAAGGGUGAAAAAUUGAUUCAUGAGGUGUUUUCUUGGUCACUUGACGAUGUGCUUAACAGAAAUUUCUACAAAGGGAAGGUAGCAGAGAUUCCCAAGACGUUUCCAUCUGUAAGAGACUAUACAAAGUCAUUUGUCUAUCCGCUUUAUGAGGAGACACAUGCGGACUUGCUGUCAAAGAUGCUAGGAGUCAACCGUGCUCCCACAGCGGAAAUAAUUAAAGUUAAAAAGUCUAAAGAUUUUAGGCUACCCAAAGCCUUAUUGUACACCAUUGUGCUAAAGAGACGUCAAGGAUUCUAUGCACCUGAGGUUGGAGAUCUUAUUGCUUUGACCGAUGUGAACCCAAAAUCUGUUGAUGAUCUUAAGAGGCCAAACAAGCCUUACCUCAUUGCUUUAGUGCAAAACAUGAAGGCCAACAAAUCACAUUAUCAACUUUUUGUUUUAUCAUCGAAACCAAUAAUUCCAGAAGUUGUUGAAAUGGAUAUUCGGAAAGAUGUAACAAGUUAUACUAGAAUGAAUGUAAACCAUUUUGUUGUUUAUCUUACAAACUUGACAACAAAUAUCCGUAUUUCUCAAGCCCUUCAUGCGGAGCUAGAAGGGGUGAGAAUGAAGAUCAUCAAAAAAUUACUGCGAGCUGAUUCUUCUGUUGAAGAAAGUGGCCUUGAAUAUUGUUCUAUUGAUACAACUGAAGACCUGACUUUAUUGAAGAUUAAAAAAAUUCUGAAAUCAUUUCAGCUUGAUAGUUCACAAGAAGCUGCUGUUUUGAGCUGCAUUGCUGCAAGAAAACAUCGUGAUCAAAAUACAAUUAAGUUAAUAUGGGGGCCUCCUGGAACUGGCAAGACAAAAACUAUUGGUUCUUUAUUGUUUAUGUUUCUGCUGAUGAAAUGCAGAACCCUCACUUGUGCUCCUACGAAUAUUGCAGUUGUAGGAGUUACCAAACGGGUUAUGAGCUUAGUGAGAGACUUUUUGAGAUAUGGCACUUAUGGUUUAGGAGAUAUAGUUUUAUUUGGGAAUGGAGAAAGAAUGAAGAUCGAUGAUUUCAAAGACCUUUCAGAAAUAUUCUUAGAGUUUCGUGUCAAGAUUCUUGCUGAUUGUUUAGCUCCACGUUCAGGAUGGAAAGGUAGCAGGGAGUGGAUGAUUCGUUUCCUUGAAGAUCCUGAUCAACAGUAUCGCAUGUACUUGAGGGAAAAUGUACAAUGUGAUGAAAAGGAGAGUGAUAGUAGUGAUACUGAUGAGAAAGCUCAUAGCGAAGAAGAUGAAGAUGAAGAUGAGGAAUAUUUGAUUCCUGAUCAAAAAGAGAAAUCAGAGGACUCACUGUUAAAGAAUGCACUGACAAAGAAUAACUGGAAGACCCUCAUUGUAAGUACCUUGAAAGGGAACAAGAAAUUGUCAACUAGUGAGACCACACACGAGGAUGCAAAUGAGGGUCCUUUAAAGCAAAAAUCAGACAAGAAGAAUUUUCAAGAAAAUAUUCUAACUUUCGAGCAGUUUGUGACAAAUGGGUUCACUUUUCUUGGAAAUCAUCUUAUAUAUUGUCUUGAGAGCUUAUACACACAUAUGCCGACAUCUAUUAUUUCCCUUGAUGAAGCAAAACAAAUGGUAGGACUUGUUCGUUCCCUUCAGAGUCUUGGAGAUUCAUUGAAACAAACAAUUGCUAGAAAUGUAGACUUAAAAGAAGCCUUGAAUGGUUUAGAUAAUUCUAGGACAGGAGGCAUUAGUAAUUUACAUGCUUGCAGGAUUGCAAGUCUUCAGAUACUCAAAUGCCUUCAAAACACGCUAUGUUUUCCAGACUUCAAGGAUGAAUUUGAAACUCGAAGAUUUUGUUUGGCGAAUUCUUGUUUGAUAUUUUGCACAGCAUCAAGCUCCAUCAACUUGCAUACAGAAGGAAUGAGUCCUUUGGAGUUUCUUGUGAUUGAUGAAGCUGCUCAAUUAAAGGAAUGUGAAUCUCUUAUACCUUUGCAGCUUGUUUGUGCUCGCCAUGCAAUCCUGGUUGGGGAUGAAAGACAACUCCCUGCCAUGGUGCAAAGCAAGAUACGUGAGGAGGCUGAAUUCGGUAGGAGCUUAUUCGAGAGGCUUGUAUCACUAGGGCAUAAGAAACACCUUCUUAAUGUUCAAUACAGGAUGCAUCCUUCCAUAAGCCAGUUCCCAAAUAAGAAGUUUUAUGCAAAACAAAUCUUGGAUGAUUACUUCUCUGUGAAUGUUCGAUCUGUUGAUGGAUUUCAAGGGAGUGAGGAGGAUGUAAUUAUUAUAUCCACAGUGAGAUGUAAUGGUAGAGGUUCUGUUGGUUUUCUUUCAAAUCAUCAAAGAACAAAUGUGGCAUUAACUCGAGCCAGAUACUGCCUGUGGAUUUUGGGGAAUGGAUCAACCUUGCUAAAUAGUGGCUCUAUCUGGAGAGAUUUGAUUGUUGAUGCUAAGGAUCGUGGCUGUUUUCACAAUGUUAGUGAAGACAAAAACUUGGCUCAAGCUGCCAUGGGUGCUUUGAUUGAGCUUCGUCAACUUGAUAGCUUGUUCAAUAUGGAUUCAUUCCUUUUUAAUGACACUAAAUGGCAGGUAAAGUUUAAUGACACGUUUUUGGAGACAAUUGCAAGUUUUACUAACACUAAGAUUUGUAAGGAAGUAGUUACUAUUCUGCUUAAGCUAUCUAGUGGCUGGCGAAAAGAUGGAACCAAUAAAGUGAGCCUAGAAGGAACAAGUACGCUUCUGGAGGUGUAUGAAGUAACACAAGACUUGUGUUUGAUUUGGGCUGUAGACAUUGUAGUACAAAAUUCUCUUUGCAUCCAGGUACUAACGAUCUGGGAUGUUUUGCCAGCCACCAAGAUUGAACAAUUGGCAAAGAUAUUAGUGGAAAAGGUAUAUGGGAAUUAUACUGUAAACAUGAUGACCCGCUGCAAGGAAAAACGUGUUGAAGGGAACCUUACGCUUCCUGUUACAUGGCCUACGAAUUCGGACACUGAUCAAAGCUGGUCCUUGUCAAAUCAAUUAGCUGCAUUGAGCUUGAGGAACCAACCCAAGUCAUCAUCAUCAUCAUCAAGAGCUUCAAGUGUCUGGGAUGGUGAUACAAGAUCUCGUGGAAGAGGAACUGGAACACCCAUCGUCAACUGCCAACGACAGAGACCACCAGAAGCCGCCGUUCUUCUCCUUCUCCUUCUUCAUCCAUCACCGCCGCCCAGCUCAACCGCCACCAUCUUGGCCGACCGGCGACGUUCCUUUUCCCCUCUUCGACAGAAAGAGAGCGAGGCAGUCGGAAGAAAGAAGUAUCUGGUUGUCGCACCACCGUCUUCAUCAUGGUGGCCUGAUGCAGUGAAGCCGAGCAACCACCACCCUACUUCUGUCGUUGUUGUCUUUUCCGGCGAGAAAUGGAGAGGCCGAGUAAGGGAAUCAAAGCAGGUAGUGGCAAGAUGUUGUUGCAUUCGUUUCGCCAGCAAGGAAAUGAUUUCGGUUGUUUCUUCCCUUUCUUUUGUGCGUGGAACCGACGACAACCAUCAAGUUGUCGCCGCUCACCACCGCUGUUAA